AUGUGCAUGACAGGAGUGACGAAGACUGUGCCACCCCGUCGAAGCCGAGUGUUCCUACUUCUUGUACCACUCGUAGUUGUGGGGGUCUAUACACUCAUUGUGGAGACAAUGACGCUGUUUGGUAUCCCUGGCGAUAAACUACUCGGCUUACAUCGAGCGUUCGGAUUGACAUGGCGCAAUCGCUUCAGAAACGAUCUUCUUCCGGAAGAGGUCGUCGCCGAGAGCGAUUUGCUGCAUCUUAGUUUGCUGCACGAAGUUUGCAUCGUGGAUAUGGAAGCAUCGUUCUCAUGGCAGUACGGAUCUCCCGGAAACCAAGAUACAGGAGGUACGGCAAACAACUCAGAGGUUCUUUUACGCCGGACAGACAAGAAUUUGCUGCAAAAGCUUCGCCAAUGCCCAACUGUCGACAUAUUUCUGCCAGAAAAUGCGCAUAGCAACAAUUAUUGCGAGGAUGCCGCUGCUUAUGUCAAAUAUCUGAAGUCGCGGCUGCUACCUCAAUGGAUACUAGAAAUUAAGUUUUUUGACGCAGAGUUAAAGCGCGAGGUGGAUUACUUUGAUUUAUGUCCAAAAACACCUAUGCUUUUCUUUGAUCAUCACUGGGGGGUAUUCGAUCGUGAAUGGAACGGAAUUUUGGCGUCUCCUCGGUGGCCAAAAGACAAACCUAUAUACAUGGUUCCCAACAUUGAAAUGGUUGAGCUCACACCAAAUCACUAUUGGGAUGUAGAUGUGGUGUUGUGCAAGAUCAAAGAGUGCUACGAUCGAGUGACAAAAUGGUAUGAACAGGAAGGAAGUCCGCGUAAUACGAAAGUAUUAUAUACAAAGCACACGUCGAUCGACCCUACUGUAUUCGUACGCAAACGUUUAGGUGAGUAUAGUAUGACGGACAAGGACUUCUCCACCGUCAAAUUUUACCAUAUGGCUGGUAAUAGCACUGCCAAAGGAACAAGGGAAGUUCUUGAUUGCUGGACAUACGAGUCAGACUUACCUCCACUCGCCGUAUAUAUCGAUCGCGCAGUGUAUUAUAAGCUUUUUCAGGCCUCUUACAAGUUAACGAUUGCUCGCAGUCACAGUCCGGUCAAUAUUCACCUGGGCAUGCUGGAUCGCUUAAAUUAUAGCAAAAUUGUUGCUGAUGCCUCCUUCGUUAUCAAUCCAAGCUACAGUGAAGGCUACGGUCACAUUAUCAAUCAGGCACGUGCAUCAGGGGCUGUCAUCAUCACAAAUGAUUUACCGCCUAUGAACGAAAUGAUUACUGCGAAUGAAUCAGGAGUGCUGAUUUCGGUGACACCUGUGAGGCACCCGUGGGUAGUUUUAGGUGGCAAUUAUGCGGGAAGGCAUGGCUUGAAAGGAGUCGGUGGGUUAGUUGCCUCUUUUGAAAGCUCAGACGUUUGUGAAGCAGUUCAUCGUAUGAUGCAGCUGACCACACCUGAAAUUCGUUAUGCUAUGGGCUUGAACGCCCGACGACAGUAUCAUUCAGAUACCAAGUUUUUUGCCGAUAUCAUGCAGGAAGUGCUUAACUUUGCAGCAAAGUAA